AAUGUUGAUAUUUAAAUUCUGUGUAUUGCGGUAAUAAAUAGGGAGUGCGAUUAUUUCUGUUAAUGGUGGGACAUGGUACACAUGAAGUGUGAAAAACUAAUUGACAACUGUCCAGUUUCUUAUGAGCUGUAAAUAUAUUUGAUUUCGCGCCCUGUAAAGAAGAUCACUGUACUGAUUUUUUUCUAAUUUAUCAGGAACAAAUAUUUAAAUUUUGUGCAAAAGUUCGCUUACUUAAAGCAGUAAUCAUUAGAUAUUGUGGUGGAAACAUAAACACACAUUGACGACGGACAGUUGAGAUUGUUAGUGGGUGCUGCAUAACUGUGUGACAAUAAAGUGAAUCGUUAGCGUAGAAUAUAAUAUCCGUGACCUAUUACAGGAACGCUGCACUGGUUUCGUAAUGUGGCAGUUUUUGCAUUAAUUGGCAUCCUGGUGUGAACUAAAAUUCAUUCUCAGUAACCGUUAAUUGAAGAGCGUUUUCCACCAGCAUUUAGGUUUUGAUCAUGUCUUCAAUAUACUUGACUAAUUUCACGAUUGCGUAAUGUUAACAGGUUGCUUGUAAAGCAAAUGUAUGUUGGAAGAACGUUUUUUGUGGCCAGGAAGUUAGGAAUUUGAAGGUGGGGUGGUACUUUAACAGCCCUAUUUUAAGUUAACACAAUGGCAUUCAGUUUCGGUAAUACUGCGAAGUUCCCAACGCAAACGUCUGCACCAUCUUUUGGUUUUGGCUCCUCGUUAACGACAACUGCAAAACCGGCAGCCACUGGUUUCUCGUUUGGUACUCCAAGUUUUGGCCUGGGUACUACAGCAGCCACAACAACAACAGGUUUUGGUUUUGGUGGCCUUGGAUCAACACAGAAUACUGGUUUCAGCUUUGGUGCCACAACCACAACAGCAGCUGGGACUGGUGGAUUUGGUACUGGCAGUCUACAGUUUGGUGCUGGAUCAGCCGUAUCUGGGACAGGAACUGCUCCGACAUUUGGUGGAUUUGGAACUACCGGCCAGCAACAAACUGGAUUUGGAUCUUUUGGCGCGUUUGGUGCAAAACCGGCGACAUCGAUAGGGGCAUUUGGAAGCACUGGUUUAUUUUCUCAACCACAACAGCAGCAGUCAUUUUUGCAGCAGCAACAAGCACCUUUGAAAGGGGAAGAGGCCAUUGCAAGGGCUGUGUACUUUGUACAGAUAUUUGGUGAUGAACGCGAUCAAGUACUGGCAAAAUUUAACAUGCUUCAGGCUUUGUGGGGUUGUGGAAAAGGUUACUUUUUACCAGGCCAACCACCUGUAGAAUUUACUCCUGCUAACCCUUUGUGUCGAUUUAAGGGUAUAGCUUACAGUCGCAGAGUAGAUCCUGAAGAAGCUCGUGAAGGGCUUGUAUUGCUGACAUUUGCAAAGGCAGAGGCAGAUGUGCGAGCUGGCCAGUCGCAGCUUGUCCAGAUCUUGCAAACUGCACUGGGAGAUAGAGCUACAAUUCACAUCGACAGUAUUCGCUCUGUAGGACCUCAGAGAACAACAGUGAGCCUUUAUGCUGAAGAAGCACAACAGCAGUUAGGAACAGCAAAACGUCGCUGUGGAGCAGCAGAACUGGCAGCGGGCAUACGUCAACAUUUGACCCAGCUGGGUGCAGAGUCAGUGCUGCCCCUCACUCUCCUGUUGUCUCCUGAAGUGGAACGAUAUCUCUCAGAGCCUCCUCCAGGUAUUGAUGCCCGUCUCUGGAAACAAGCACAGGCUGAAAAUCCAGAUUCAGCUAAUCUCAUACCUGUCCCUGUCAUUGGAUUUGAAGCACUUGCAGCACGUGCUAAAGCCCAAGAACGUGAGGCAGCUGCACACUUAGCAGCAUUAGAUAGAUCAGCUGCUGAAGUUUCUACUUUGCGUGCAGCAUUGGCACGUACAGCUGCUAAGGUUUCUGAGCAACGUCGCCGAGCACUUUCUUUGGAGCAUAGAGCACUAGUUGUAGUUGGCAGACAGCAGAUCAGACGUAAAGCAGGGCAAGCGCUUGACCCUCGUGAAGAGGCUCUGUUGAGUCGAUUGCAGGCACUUCAAGCCCAUCUUUCUGCUCCAUCUGUUGUUAAAGCUCGACUGAAUGAAAGUCUGUCUCAGGUACGCUUGAGGCGAGGAGUUGAUGGCACAGCAGGACCAGGAAGUGGUUUACGAAGUUCAGCAAUGUUUGGUGAUGACUUACGAAAAUUUCUGGAAAUGGAACAAGAUGGCAUUGAUCGCCUUGUAGAAGUUGUGCGAUCUGACUUGAGUUCUAUGCGUACAAUUCAGGAAGGACUUUGCAAACUUUUGCCACAGCAGUACAAAUGAGAUUUCCCUUAAUUUUGACAAAAAAUGGAAAUACGUGUGAGAUGUGAUCAUUGUGUUUAUGGUGAGCUUCUACAAUGGAGAUGUUCCUACAGCAUUUGGCUGUUUUGUGAAUGAUAUAUUUACUGUGACUAUUUUUUUACUCAUUUGUUAAAAUUUUAUUAUUGUGCUAUUGGUGUAUUUUGAAUAUAAGACAACUCUCUUGUGCUACAUUUAUAAUUCAUUAAAUUACUACUGCUUCUGGGUCAUAGUAUUGCAUUUAAAAUAUUGUGGGUGAAUUUUAUAUGCGUGAUAUGGAAUCCAUCCUCCAUGCCCACACCCCCUUUUUCUCACCCCUCCCUCUCCUGCUUUGCGUACAGUCACUCAGACAUGCAGAUAUGGCAUGUACACAUUGGUUUUAAAGUAAUGCAGAAUGGAAUGAAUCCAAGGGAAUAGGAAGAGAAGAUGGAAUAUAUUUAGCCAACAGCUAGAAUUUAGAGCAUUGUAAAAUGAAAGAAAAAGGCCUCAGAUUCGGGGUACAUAUAGGAUUACAGAAAAAAUAGUAGAGUUGCUUAGGAACUAAGAAGAGAUGAUUAAGAGAGAAAGGAUUGGUCAAACCAAACUGGAAAUUGAAGGGAUGCAACAUUUCAUAAAGCAGUAGUGCAAAACUUCAUGUAUGUGGCAAAGUUCCUGCCACAGUCUGAUAAGUUGCUAACAGUGUAUUAGUGGAUUGGUUUAUUUUAUUAUUGAGUAAUCACUUGGUCUGUGUUCAUUAGUGUGGAGUAUGUUUUCCUUUUUAAGCCUUAACCAUUGCCACAGGUCAAGAGACAGCGACUUCACUUGAUUGGAAGAUUUAUUGUUUGAUGGAAUGUACACACAAAUUACUAUGUUGUUAUGGAGUGAGUUGGACAAGGUUGCAGUGUGUUUAUUUGAAAGUUCAGUUUUCUAGCUUUUUUUUUCAAGGUGCCACCUGGUUCUUGAUGUAUGUUUAUCAUAAAAAUUACUUGUUUAUUAAAGGGGGAAAACCCCGUAUGAUGAAACCAGAACUUAUAAUCAAUGAUUUGAUUAUUGUCCAUUGCUUUGGGUCCUCAUUUGCAAGUAUUGACCUCUUCCAUAACAUCACUAUUUUUAUAUUUAUGUUGCUUAUUCAUCAGUUUUUUACACGAUAAGUUUCAAUUUCCUCUCAGUGUGUGAUUAUUAUGUGGAAAUUUCGGAAAUAUGAUUUGAAAAGAACACAAUCAAAUGUGGAACUGUUCAGAAGAUUCUGAAAAAGCUGUACAAAAUAAAGUAGUACACCUAUUGUUACAUUGAACGAUAAAAAUUUAACAUCUGCAUAAGGGGGACAUUCAGUUCAAAUGUUGCAACUGAUUUGUUUGCCCUUUGUUUCACUAUUGCAGUUGACAAGUAGACCUGCUUAUUGAACAAAAUUGUGACGAGCUUGUCAUUUUCAAUAUUCACACCUCCUCACGUUGUCUCAAUUGACUUGUAAUCUUCAGAAUAUAAAUCUUCUUGUACUGUGUUUGUAUCCUGUCCCAGAAUGAUCUAACACUUGCCAUUAGAAUGCCGAUUUGAAAUAUUUAUGUCCACUUCUCAAAGACUUUUGUUUAUUCAUUGAGAAGACUGAUUAUAUAUUUUUUAUUUUCAAUGUUUUUGUAUGCAGAUGUACAGAUAAAACAGUGAGUGUAAAAGAAUUUUUAUAUAGUUUUAUCUGCUUUGAUUGUCCUUUACAUUACUCCCUGCUGCUUUUAAAAAAAUCGAAAUCCAUUUUAUGAACAGACUUUUACUCAUAUGUGAACUUGUCAUCUUUCAGUUUAUUUCUGCCUGCCAUAAAAUAUUGAAAGAUAGUCUACUGAAUAUUAUGGUUUCCAAAAUGUGACUGAACUUCCAUGCAAUACCUUUGUGUGUUUGUGUUUACAUUGGAUUGACAAAUUCAUACAAUAUAUAGCACUAGCAUAGGUUGAUAAAAAUAAUUUUAAAAAAAUUAGUACAUUUUUUUGUAUUCUGUGCAUCCACUGCUAUACAUUCAUAAUUGUGUGAAACUUCUGACAAUAAAUCUUGUUGUACUGUGUUCGAUCUAACAAGUUA